GCUACACCCAACCGCUCCCUAAUGGGCACCUCUAGUUUUUUUUGGGGGGGGAAGGGGGGUUCCCCAUGCCAGGGGAUUAUUCUCGACCCCAAGCCCCUCACUCACACCCGGCACGGCGUGGGGUCCGCCGGGAGCUGCUGAGGAGCGCAGGAGGCCCCGUUGUGCCCCCGCCCCAGGGCAGGGCACGGGCUGGCUGCCAGCGCCCGGCCCCCCCGGCUCGGUCCCGGCGGCUCAGCCCCACGUUAAUGAUCCACCCACAGCUGGCAGCGCGGUGCCGGUGGCGGCAGUGGGGCCGGGGGGCCCGGUGCCCCACCCCGCGUCCCGGCAGCCCGGUAGGCGGCACACGCGACGCGGCGCGGCCAUGGCGGUGGUGUCGGUGAACCGGCGGGCCGUCACCUCCUGGGUGGGCAUCGCGCGGCUCUUCGCCGUCCUGCUGUCCUGCCUCUCCUUCAGCCUGGUGGCCUCCACCGGCGACUUCGGCGGCCCCUACGGGACGUGGUGCAUGUUCAGCUGGUGCUUCUGCUUCGCCGUCACGCUGCUGGUGCUGCUGCUGGAGCUGCUGGAGCUGGCCCCCAAGCUGCCCGUCUCCUGGGACGACCUGACGGCCGCCUUCGCCAUGCUGGCGGCGCUGAUGGUGUUCACCAGCUCGGUGGUGUUCCCCUCCGCCUUCAUCUCCAGCCCCUGCGGGGGGGCCCGCUGCGCGCGCCAGGCGGCGGCCACGGCCAUGUCCUGCCUCUGCUUCCUGGCCUACGCCCUCGAGGUGGGGCUGACCCGCGCCCGCCCGGGGGACAUCAGCAGUUUCCUCUCCACCGUGCCCGGCCUGCUGAAGGUGUUCGAGGCCUACGUCGCCUGCCUCAUCUUCUCCCUGUUGGAUUCCUACGGCGCAUACGCCGGCUUGCAGUGGUGCGUGGCCGUCUACUCCAUCUGCUUCGUCGUCACGCUCCUCAUCAUCCUCUUGACCAUCGGCCGCUGCCUCAGCUACUUGCCCUGCCCGCUGGAGAAGGGGCUGGUGGCCUACAACGCGCUGGCCCUGCUGAUGUACCUCACCGCCGUCAUCAUAUGGCCGCUGUACAGCUUCCACGGCCGCAGCCGGCCCAACCCCUGCAGCACGAACUGCUGGUGGAACAAGAGCCUCGGCAUCACCUUCCUCACCAUCUUCAACUUCUUCGCCUACCUCGUGGACCUGGUCUACUCCACCAGGAUGGUUUUCAUCAGGGCCCCUUCCUAAGGGCCCCGGGGGGCGAGGGGAUGCGGUGCUGCCGUGGGGCCGGGUGCUGCGGAGCUGAGGAAGAGGCCGACGCCUCGGAAAGCUCCGUCCCAUCGUUGGCGCGGGGUGCUGGGUGCUCCGGGGGUCAGGGAGGGGCUUCGGGAUUAAAUCGGGUCAUUUUUCACCUG